AUGGAGCGCUACUUGACGCGCACGGCGCCCAGCAUGGCAGCAUUCGGGGCGCAAGCAGCGGCACCCACGGUGCAGGCAGUGCCGGAGGCCGACGACGAACGCCUGCUGUCGCUGCUGCAGCAGUACUGGGGGUACCGCGCCUUCCGGCCGCCCCAGCUGGAGGUCAUCCGCGCCGCCAUGGAGGGGCGCGACACCCUCGUAGUCAUGGCCACGGGCGGCGGCAAGAGCCUGUGCUACCAGGUCCCCGCCCUGGCGAUGGGCCGCACCGUCCUUGUCGUCAGCCCCCUGAUCAGCCUGAUGCACGACCAGGUGGAGGCGCUCAACGCGCGCGGCGUGCCCGCAGCAUUCCUCGGCAGCGCCCAGACCAACCAGGAGAUCAAGCGGCACGCCUGGGCGGGCGAGUACGCUCUGGUGUACGUGACGCCUGAGCUGGUGACCAGCAGCCCGGAAUCCCUCAGGAGCCUGCACGCCGCCAAGGUGUGA